GUAGCCGUCGGACACGUCGGCGGCGGCGACCGGAGCCGGAUGUGCCAAGAUGGCUGCGGCUGCUGCUGAGUACGCGCUAGUUCCCCGUACUGCCGCCUCUGUCGCCGGCUGGGUGUCUGUCCGCGGCGCCUGAGAGGCCAGCCGCAGCUGCGCGGGUGAGGGGCUGAGCGUGUGGAUCACAGCGGAGGCCCGCGGGCGGCCGAGGCUGUGGAGGCCGGCACAAAUUAAAGAAAAGCUCCACCUUCCUCCUCUGUAAGCAGCAUCUCCUUGAACGAAAGACUCCAGCAUGCAGCCACCACCUCAGGCAGUCCCGUCUGGUGUGGCUGGACCACCCCCAGCUGGGAAUCCUCGGAGCAUGUUCUGGGCCAACAGCCCUUACAGGAGGCCAGCCAGUAAUAAUGCACCAGUGGCUCCCAUAACACGCCCAUUACAGCCAGUAACGGAUCCGUUUGCUUUUAAUAGACAAACUCUUCAAAACUCACCAGUAGGCAGUUCAUCCAAAAGCAGCCUGCCCAGUUUGCCUGGCCCAGGCCUCUCUGCUUUUUCUCAGUGGCCUGGUUUGCCUGUGCCUCCUACAAAUGCUGGGGAUAGCUCCACAGGACUUCAUGAGCCUCUAUCAGGAACUCUGUCACAACCCAGAGCAGAGACCAGUCCAUUUCCCCCUACAACUACCCCUUCGCUGCCUGGGCUGGAGAUGAACAGGAGUGCUGAAGGUGGUUCCAGCUCAGGACCUGAAGUACAGAUGCUGCCACAUCCACCUCACUACAUUCCAAGAGUGGGUCCUGAGCAGCCUCACGGGAGCCAUCUGAAUGACAGUGGUUCUGGGCCCGACCAACCCACGAAUAGGCACACCCCACAUGAUGGUGCUGUGGCCCAAGCAGCAUCUCCUUUCUUCCCUCAGCCACAGAUGCCAGGUCAGUGGGGGCCAGUGCAGGGAGGUCCUCAGCCCUCCUAUCAGCAUCACUCACCCUGCCUGGAGGGACCUGCCCAGAGCAUGGGGCCCCAGGCUACCAGCUUGUCCCAUUUCCCCUCUCCAUCUAGUUUAUAUCAGGGGCCUGGCCAUGAGCCCCAUGUUCCACUAAUGUCUACUCCAGCAUCCUUGGCCAGUGGUGAAGGGAACGAAGUGGUCCACCAGCAAAGUAAAAAUCACUCAUUGAGUAGCUUCCCCCCUAAACAUACUUUUGAACAGAAUUCCAGAGUUGGGAAUAUGUGGGCAAGCCCAGAGUUCAGGCAGAAUCCAGGAGUGAAUAAAGAGCAUCUGCUAGAUCCUGCCCACGUGAAUCCCUUUACUCAGGGAAAUAGCCCUGAACACCAGGUGCACGGUCCCUCAGAGGCUUCAACUAACCCUGCCCUGCAAGAUGCAGCCUCUGGAGCUCUCUCAAUGUUUUUUCAAGGGGAGGAGACAGAAAAUGAGGAGAAUCUCUCAUCUGACAAAGCAGGCCUUGAUGACAGAUUGGACUUGGAUGGCUUCUCUUCUACCCCCAGAUUGGGCCAUCCACCACCACCUGCACAUGGAACUGGUGGUGUCUACCAGGCUUUUCUCAAAGGCCCUAGCAGCGAGGCUGCUCAGGAAGGAGAUGUACAACCUUAUUUUUCUCAGUCUAUGGGCAUCCGGCAUGACAGACAGACCACUAUGACCCCUGCUAGUGAUACAUGGGGUGACACUUCAGGGGCUGGAACCCAAUGUGCUAGUGGGCCACAGUGUGAGAAUGUUGAGAACUUAGAAUUUGUUCAGAAUCAAGAAGUUUUGCCACGUGAGACCCUGAAUGUGGAUCCCUCUUCCCUGAGCGAUCAGUUCCGACAUGGGCCCCUUUCUGGGCCAGCUGUCUCAAGACCUGUUACUGUGGGCCUCACCAGAGGUGGGGGGCUAAAUCUUGAAGCCCCUGACAUACCACUGCAUCCUACACGACCUGACAGUGUGUCAUCCAGCUACAGCAGCCACAGCCACAAAAGUCCUCCUGGGUCAGCCAGACCCCAAGAAUUGGUAGGCACAUUCAUUCAGCAAGAAGUUGGAAAACUUGAAGAUGAUACUUCAGGGAGUUUUUUUAAGCAAAUUGAUUCUUCUCCUGUUGGAGGUGAGACAGAUGAAUUGACUGGGAGCCAAAAUUACUGCAGCAGCCUGUCGCAGCCCUCAACCCCAAGCCCUCCAAAACCCACAGGAGUGUUCCAGACAAGUGCAAAUAGUUCUUUUGAACCAGUAAAAUCCCACUUGGUUGGAGUAAAACCAGUUGAAGCAGAUCGUGCCAACAUGGUGGUUGAAGUGAGAGGGACCCGGGACCGCCAGAAGAAGCGCAGGGCAGCUGCUGUACCACCUGAUGCCACCCCAGGGAACCUGGAACAGCCACCAGACAAUAUGGAGACACUGUGUGCACCUCAGGCCUGCCCUCUGCCUCUUAGCACCACUGGGGAAGCUGGACACCUGGCUUCACACACAGCAGGGCCACCCUUGGAUACUGUGCGCCCAGUGCCUGAGAAGAGGUCCUCGGCCAGGGCCCAGGGGCCUGUGAAGUGUGAGAGCCCAGCAACAACUCUGUGGGCACAAAAUGAGCUGCCAGAUUUUGGUGGCAAUGUCCUUCUAGCCCCUGCUGCCCCUGCACUUUAUGUCCCUGUAAAACCAAAACCUUCAGAAGUUACUCAUCAUCCAGAAAAGGGAACGUCUGGACAGCAGUCACGGAAACCAGGAUCUGUGCUACCCUUGCAGAACCAAGACCCUCCUGGUGCUUCUGAGAACCUUGAAAACCCUCCCAAGGUAGGAGAAGAGGAGGCCCUUCCAUUACAGGCAAGUUCUGGUUAUGCGAGUCUGCUGUCCUCGCCACCCACUGAAUCUUUGCACAAUCAACCUGUCCUGAUUGCCCAGCCUGAUCAAAGCUAUAAUUUGGCUCAGCCCAUUAAUUUUUCUGUGUCCCUACUGAAUCCUAAUGAGAAGAAUCAGUCCUGGGGAGAUGCUGUGGUGGGGGAGAAAUCUAUAGUGAGCAGCAGUCGGGCUCUCAGUGGUGAUCCUGAAGAACAUGCUGCUUUGUCUGGAGUUUCAACCAGUGCUGUCAUUGGCUUAUCUUUGCCUAACAGUGUCCCUCGAGGUUCUGGGUCUUCUGAAAUGAUUGCUAGCCAGCCUGCCAGUUUGUUGGUUCAGCGGCUAUCCCCUCCAAUUCCAAAGAACUCAUUUCCUAAAAGUCAGAAUCCUAAUGCAGAAAAGGGUCCUUCUGAGUUUGUUAAUAGCCCUGCUGGAAGUACAAAUGUGAUGCUAGUUCCACCUGCAAACAGCACCUUGGUAUCUAAUAAUAAGGCAAAUCACUCCAGUAAUCAGGAAGAAGCUGUUGGUGCCCUAGACUUCACAUUAAAUAGAACUUUGGAAAAUCCUGUGAGAAUAUAUAGCCCAUCUCAUUCAGAUGGCCCAGCUUCUCAACAGGCUCUUGCCAAUCAUCCCAGACAAUCUGGGCCUGGGCUGCAUAACCAGGAUCAUUUCUACCAGCAGGUAACAAAAGAUGCCCAGGACCAGUAUAGCCUAGAAAGAGCCCAGACAGAGCUGGUACCUCCUCAGCCACAGAAUUCUCCCCCACAAGUGCCCCAAGCGGCGUGUCCAGAGCCUUCAAAUCCAGAAAACCCACCCACACAAGGACAGUCUGAAAGCUUGGCCCAGCCACCAGCAAGUCCAGCUCCAGUCAACAUGGGCCAGCAGCUGCUGCCUCAGCCACCACAGUCCUCCAGUGCAUCGGUUACAUCUACCAGCUCCAGCCAGGCAGCUGUGCGGUCAGAGCAGCCAUGGCUGCACCCCCCACCUCCUAAUGCUUUUGGCCCAGCACCUCAAGACUUGGCAUCCUACUACUAUUAUAGGCCCCUUUAUGAUGCCUACCAGUCUCAGUACCCUUCACCAUACCCAUCGGAUCCUGGGACGGCCUCUCUAUACUACCAGGAUAUCUAUGGCCUGUAUGAUCCUCGAUACAGGCCCUAUGACAGCUCAGCAUCUGCUUAUGCCGAAAACCACCGCUAUUCAGAGCCUGAGCGGCCCAGCUCCCGAGCAAGUCACUAUUCCGACCAGCUCACUCCCAGGCAAGGUUAUCCUGAAGGAUACUAUAAUUCUAAGAGUGGAUGGAGCAGUCAGAGUGAUUACUAUGCUAAUUAUUACUCCAGCCAGUAUGAUUAUGGAGACCCAGGCCGCUGGGAUCGUUACUAUGGGUCUCGCUUCAGGGACCCUCGCACCUGGGACCGGAGGUACUGGUAUGACUCCGAACAUGACCCAUACAGGAAGGAAAACUAUGCCUACAGUGACAGGCCUGAGAAAUGUGAUGAUCACUGGAGGUAUGACCCUCGCUUCACGGGGAGCUUCGAUGAUGACACUGAGCUUCACAGGGACCCCUAUGGAGAAGAAGUGGACAGGCGUAGCAUCCACAGCGAGCAUUCAGCACGGAGCCUGCACAGCACUCACAGCCUGCCCAGCCGCCGAAGCAGCCUCAGCUCCCACUCACACCAGAGUCAGAUUUACAGAAGCCACAAUGUGACUGGCGGUUCCUUUGAGGCCCCUCAUGCCCCAGGCUCAUUUCAUGGUGAUUAUGCCUAUGGCACCUAUGCCAGCAAUUUCAGCGGUGCCCAUGGUUUUCCAGAGUACAGCUACCCUGCAGAUACCUCCUGGCCUACUGUGGAGCAAGCUCCAUCAAGACCGACCUCUCCUGAGAAAUUUACAGUGCCUCAUGUCUGUGCCAGAUUUGGUCCUGGUGGUCAGCUCCUUAAAGUGAUUCCCAACCUGCCUUCAGAAGGACAGCCUGCACUAGUGGAGAUCCACAGCUUGGAGACCUUGCUGCAGCACACACCUGAGCAGGAAGAGAUGCGCUCCUUCCCAGGACCUCUUGGAAAAGAUGAUACCCACAAAGUAGAUGUUAUUAACUUUGCACAGAACAAAGCGACAAAAUGUUUGCAGAAUGAGAGUUUAAUUGACAAAGAAUCUGCAAGUCUUCUUUGGAAUUUCAUUAUUCUGUUAUGCAGACAGAAUGGGACCGUGGUGGGAACAGAUAUUGCAGAGCUUUUGUUACGAGACCACCGAACUGUGUGGCUUCCUGGGAAGUCACCCAAUGAGGCAAACUUGAUAGAUUUUACUAAUGAGGCCGUGGAACAAGUGGAAGAAGAGGAGUCAGGGGAGGCCCAGCUCUCGUUUCUCACAGACGGUCAGACAGUGACCAACAGUGUGCUGGAGAAGGAGACUGAGCGAUUCCGUGAGCUCUUGCUAUACGGCCGGAAGAAGGAUGCUCUGGAGUCUGCCAUGAAAAAUGGCCUAUGGGGUCACGCUCUGCUGCUUGCAAGUAAGAUGGACAGCCGGACACAUGCCCGUGUCAUGACCAGGUUUGCCAACAGUCUUCCAAUCAAUGACCCCCUACAGACUGUCUACCAGCUCAUGUCUGGACGGAUGCCUGCUGCGUCCACGUGUUGUGGAGAUGAGAAAUGGGGAGAUUGGAGGCCGCAUCUUGCAAUGGUUUUAUCCAACCUGAACAACAACAUGGAUGUUGAGUCUAGGACCAUGGCUACGAUGGGCGAUACUCUAGCAUCAAAAGGCCUCCUGGAUGCUGCACACUUCUGCUACCUGAUGGCCCAGGUUGGAUUUGGGGUUUAUACAAAGAAAACCACGAAACUUGUCUUGAUAGGCUCAAAUCACAGUUUGCCAUUUUUAAAGUUUGCCACCAAUGAAGCUAUUCAAAGGACGGAGGCUUAUGAGUAUGCUCAGUCUCUUGGGGUACACACCUGCUCCUUACCUAACUUCCAGGUGUUCAAAUUCAUCUACUUGUGCCGCCUGGCUGAAAUGGGGCUAGCCACACAGGCCUUCCACUACUGUGAAGUGAUAGCCAAGAGUGUCCUGACACAGCCUGGUGCAUACUCUCCAGUACUGAUUAGCCAGUUGACUCAGAUGGCUUCCCAGUUACGCCUCUUUGAUCCUCAACUGAAGGAGAAGCCAGAAGAGGAGUCCUUUGUGGAGCCUGCCUGGUUGGUGCAGCUGCGGCAUGUGGAGAGGCAGAUCCAGGAAGGCACUGUGCUGUGGAGCCCGGAUGGAACUGACCCCCAGCAGUGUCACAUCACACCAGGCUCUGAGGUAGAGCAGUUGGAUGGCCCAGGACUCAACCAGCAGGCAGGACUGAGGGCCGACAACCCUCUACUGAUGCCAAGCACUGAGCCCUUGAUGCAUGGUGUGCAGCUGCUGCCCACAGCUCCACAGACAUUCCCUGAUGGCCAGCCAGCUCACCUUGCCAGGGUGCCGAUGUUCCCAGUGCCAAUAUCCCAGGGCCCCCUAGAGCUGGGUCCUACUUAUGGACCCCCAGGGUCUGUGCUUGGCGUCCCAGAGUCCUCCAGAUCUGAUCCUGCAGUGCUGCACCCUGGGCCGGCCCUGCCACCCACUACACCAUGUCUCCAGGAAAGUGGGCCUCCACUCCAGGAGGCCAGAAACCCAGACCCAGAAACAGUGCCACGGGGCUCACCUGUCAGACAGUCACUUCCAGAGCUCAAUGAAGAGGAGUUUGGUGGGAACUUUGCUGACCCGGGCUCCUCCAGAACAGUACAGGACUUGAAGACCCCCCCAGUGUGGGAUCGUGGCAGCUCCAGUCUGACACCUGCUCCAUCUCUGACACCUGCUUCGGAAGGGAAGAAACCUGCACAAGCUGUCAAAAAGGAGGCCAAGGAGCCCAAGAAGAGUGAGUCCUGGUUCUCUCGUUGGCUGCCUGGGAAGAAAAGGACAGAAGCUUAUCUACCAGAUGACAAGAACAAAUCAAUUGUUUGGGAUGAAAAGAAAAACCAGUGGGUGAAUUUGAAUGAACCAGAGGAGGAGAAGAAGGCUCCACCCCCACCUCCAACAUCGUUUCCCAGGGUUCCCCAGGUGGCUCCCACUGGGCCUACAGGACCACCCACAGCCUCCGUGAACAUGUUUUCUAGAAAAGCAGGUGGGUCCAGAGCUCGCUAUGUGGAUGUUCUAAACCCAAGUGGGACACAGCGGAAUGAGCCAGCUCUUGUUCCUUCGGAUUUCUUUGCUCCACUUGCCCCACUCCCAAUCCCUUCUAACUUGUUCGUACCAAACCCAGAUGCAGAGGAGUCACAUCCUGCAGAGGGGGCUCAAUUUAAGGCAGAGCCCACCCUGGAACCCAAGAUGAUAAGCUCUGCAGCAUCACCCCCUGGACCUGAACUCUCACCCUCCAAAUUAGAUGGCUCCCAGGGAGGAGAGCUCUCGCGCUGUAGCUCUCUGAGCUCGCUCUCACAGGAAGUGAGCCGGCAUUUCCAUCAGGCUUCUGGAGACCACUGUCCUGCAGGGGCCACUCCAGGAGGGUCUGUGCCCCUUUACAACCCUGCUCAGUUGACGCAGGCUUCUGUCACCUCGGGGAAUUCAAGGCCGGGGAGGAUUGGCCAAAGAAAAUACGUGGCAUUGAACUAGGAUUGCCGCUGGAUUUGUACUUGGAACCUUGAGAUGACUAGAUAACUGUUCUCCACCAAGAACCAAACUAGCUGCCUCAGGUCUCGUGGAUCCCAGAUGGACAUGGCAGUAACCCAGAGCCGGUCAUACUGUGUGUCUCCCUCCUUGCAGCCCGUGUAUAUGAAUUACUGAAAAAUUGAUUCUAUGGUUCCUUUCAGAUGCUGGAUAGAAUGAAUCUAAUUCAAAGUCUUUUAUGUAAAAGAACAAUGUUUCUUUCUUAGUCGCUUUAGACAAAUUAAGGAUAUAAUAGUUUGAGUCACUUGAGAAUACCACUGAAGUGAGGCUAGACAGGGCUUCCCCUCAGGAGAGCACGCAGUUCCUUGGAAACCAGGGACUUGCUCACCUGAGAAACGGUGCAAACCGACCAGGGUUCCUUAGGAUGCUGAGAGAAGAGCAAGUGCUUGACUGGAGAGGAGCCUUUACUCUAGUGGGCUGCCUGGUCUAAGAGGAGCCCCAGCUACGCAUGGGCAGCUCUGCCCUGCCCUGUGAACCAGGGGGGUCCAGCCUAACUCCUCUAGGGCCACCAGAUGGCAGUGGCUCACAGGCUGGGAGGGAAGCCAUUGCCAGGGCAUGUCUCCAAGAAAUCCCAGCCUCACUCCAUUUUCUGUGGCCUGAUUAGGGCUGGGUGGAUUUUACUGCUCAGAGCUUCCCCUCGUGACAAAGUCACUGGGGAGAGCCCCAGGGAGCUGAUGUUCUGAAGCUGCUGAUCUGAUUAACCAACCAGGUCAAAACUGGCUGCAUGCUGCAAAGUACUGCUCUCCUAGCGAGGGGUCUGUAUGGGGCCCUCUGGUUGACUCCCUGUCACCUGUGCAGACAUCUUUUAAGGACUUGGUGGUAUCUUGGAGUGACUUGCGGUGUCCUAGCAGACACUCUAGAACCUGACAUCUCUACCCCAAAGCCCAUCAGGGACCUUCAGCAGCUACUCACUGACUCAGCUACAUCACUCUUCAAGGAGCUGCUGCUACCUUCAAACUCAGAGCUUUAAGGCUUCACUGACUGUUCCUAAAACUAUCCUUUUACUCUAAAGAGGAGGGAAAGAGAUUUUUAAAUAUUUAUAAAAAUCAGCAGGUAAUUUGGGUAGGAAACAUAAAUGGUUUGUUUGGUAUUAAAUUUAGAAAUUGUAGAAUGUGGAAUUAGUACAGCCCUUCCUGGUUUUCUGGUUCCCUGAAUCAUCUAGGAAAGACUCACAGAAUGGUUUCCAGAAUGUUCCAUAGAUGAGUGUGCCCAGACCCUCCUGUUCCUGUCACUAAGAAAGACCUGUCCCUGUGGGUCAGUAGCAACUUGUGUCCUUGUUGGGACCAGGCAGGACCCUUGCCUCUGGUGCAACCCUGCCCAGGCUCUGUGUUGACUGCCAACCACUUUUGAUUCAAGAAGCUUCCUCCCUGGGAGCUGCUAUUUUUCCUAAAUUCAAAUUGUUAAAUAAAAUAUUUUGGGCUCUCACGUAACUUCA